AUGUCCCUGCUGGAUCACUACUGGACUCUGGCCAGCGACGAUCCUUCGCAGCGUAUAGAGGCUGCUGAAGCUCUGAUCAAGGGGCUUCUGGAUGCCGAUUCUGAGAGUGAUUGGGACUACGCGUUGAACCGGUUGAUCACUGGUUUGUCUUCUACUCGCGGAUCAGCCCGCCUUGGUUUUUCCAUGGCACUAGCAGAGGUUCUCAACACCCGCAAAUCCCAUAUUCCUAUUUCAGAAUACCUCGAGAAAACUUCAAAAGCUUUUGUCGUCACUGGUAGCAUGAAGGGUGCCGAGGAAAGAGGACUGUUGUUUGGUAAACUUUUCGCGCUUCAGACGCUCGCUAAAUCGCCCCUGUGGGAAAAGGCGUCACUACAAGACUUCAAUGAGUUUGUUAAUAUGGCCUUGGCUCUUAGCUUGAAAAAGGUCUGGCUGCGUGAACCAGUUUUUUACGCGAUUUGUGAGCUUGUUCAAUCUCUGCAGGGCACGUUUAAUUUUGAUCGCGACGAAGCUCUCGAGUUUCUGUUCAAAAAGAUCCAUGAAAAAAACCUUACUGCUACUUGUGAGGGUAUCGCCAUUGCUCUGUCUGUAUCUGCUGAAGAGCGAUCAAAGUUCAACGAUCUGGGCGAAUGGAAAACCGGAAACCCUUUGGCCAAGGGCAACCUGGCAGAUCUCGCCCGUAUCCUGAAAGAUCUACCGGUAAGCACCAGCGACUCUCAGCGUAGUAACUGGAAACCAAGUGUUCAUUUUGUCUGGCAUUUCUUGCUCAAGGAGUUUUCUCAAGCUGCCACCCCUAAUGAUGAAGGUCCGCCUCGUAAAAAGCACAAGAAAGAUAAGAAGGAUAAAAAAGGGAAGAAGGCAACCAAACAAGAUGAUGGUGUCAUUGGUCUGGCUGAAUUUUGGCGUGCUACCAUUGACGAUGGAUUUUUCGCAAACUCUGCAUCUCCGGAGCGAAAGAUGUGGGGGUUUGAGAUUUUCAUCUUGGCAGUACCUCAGCAGGACAAUGUGGCUGCGCUAUUGACUCCGAAUCUGACCCGAUCACUAGCCAAUCAGUUGGCCCAAAGCGAUAGGUAUCUCCACAAGAUGGCCAAGCGUGUUGUCUCGGUUUUAAUGGACAUUAGUCGCUCUCAGCACACUAAGGCCGCUGCUAUUGUAGAAACUUUGCUCUCUCACAUGGAACACUUUGAUCGUAUUUCAAAAUCAGCUCUUAUUCAUGACCUUAUCCCCUUAGCCGCAGAUCAAAAUCGUCUCACCGCCAUGUUUUUGAAGACGUUCAAGGAGAAUAAGGAACAGCAGCCUAAAGCCCAGUCUGCACUAGACAGUAUUAUUCACAUGAUCAAGUCAAGUAAAAAUGCGGAUGAUAUUGCCUGGAUCCGAGGUGUUUUAGAUGAACUUGUUCCUAUUGCCUAUUUUGAGUCUGAUUUACCUGAGAGCAUGGUGGAAAUGGUUCAACAGAGGAUUACCUCCAUCUUGUCUCAUACUUUGGGGAGGAUGAUUGCACCAACCGGCUCUUGGCCCUACGAGGUUCUUAAAAUCAUUCUUGAUUUGCAAAAGCGUGGCCGAGAUACUCGUGUGACGUUUGAGGGAGAGAUUCUGAAAACCAAACUCAAGGCGGAAGCCACUGUUGAGAAAAUUCACAAGAAGCGAGUUUCAUCUCCUCAUGUGGAUUCUCCGCAACUUCAAGCUUUCGAGUUGCUGUUUUCAAUGGUGCUACUGCAGCUUUACUCCUCCAAUACGGAGGCAGUCGCUUUGCUCGACGAGCUCCAGAUGGUAUAUUCAAAGUUCGCCGGUCGCGAGCAGGUAGACGAUGACGAUGAGAGUUACGAUGCGAGUCAGGUUCUUACUGAGGUUAUUAUUAGUUUCCUAGCUCAGCAGUCUGCGCUGCUGCGAAAGCUUUCCGAAGAGGUUUGGGCUUCAUUCACAAACCAAAUCACCACGGGUUCCUUGCAACUCUUGUACAACAUUUUGAGUGCCCGCGAGAGUCUUGAAGGUCAGGAGGAGUUGUUCGACAUCGAAGACGACGAGGUAGAAGCUGAGGGUGAUGACGAGGGCGAAGAAGAAGACAUGGAGGAGGAGGAGGAGGAGGAAGAAGACGAGGCCAGUGAUUCGGAAUCAGAAAGUGACGACGACGAAAGCGAAGGCGAAACCCCUGACGAAGAGAACGCCGUCGAUGCUGAGGCCGAGAGAGCGCUUGCCCAAACUUUGGGUGUGAAUCCUGAUAAUGACGACGAUGACGAAGAAGAAGAAGAUUCGAUGGAUGAUGAACAAAUGAUCGCGUUAGACGGCCAGCUUGCGGCAAUUUUCAAAGACAGACAAAAGCAGUUGAGUAAGUCCAAGGUACGCAAGCAGGAGGUGCAGAAAGCAAAACAGAAUGUCACCUAUCUCAAAAGUAGAGUUUUGGACUUGCUGGACAUCUACGUGAGAAAGCAACCUACUAAUCUGGAUGGAUUGAGCAUGGCAAUUCCGAUCCUUGAAAUGAUUCGUACCACCAAUGACCGACAAAUUGGAGAUAAGGCUCGAGAGUUUCUGAAAACCAAACUUUGUCGCAAAACUAAUUAUACACUAGACGGUGAAGAGGAUUUGGAACUAGCCAUCACUAUUUUGCAAAGCGUGCUUGAAGAAGCUGCUGCGUCCACCUCAAAGGCCCAUGGAUUGGCCGCCAACCAGGUAGGUGUUUUGGUAACCAAGUUGCUUGUUUCAUACGAUGCUGGUCUUAUAGAGAUCGUGACUGCACAGUAUAUGCGUGCGCUGAAUGAGUGGUUCAAGUCGCCCAAAAACCAGACCACACCAAACAUGUUUAUCGACAUGAUUAAUUAUCUUGCAAGCAAAAGAGGGAAUUAA